ACUGCUCUCUUUUCUUUAUGGACACAACGAAGCUGAAUGGAAAACUUACCAUCAGCACUAAGAAUGGACGCAUCAGCCAGCCUAUCAUAGACACCACGGUAAGCUUCUGCGAUCUGUUGCAGAACCCACAAAAGUAUCAUGUAAUGUCGCUGGUCUACUUCGAGAUCCGGCGCUACGGGCGCGCACCCGACCGCUGUCCGAUCGCUCCCGGUCUGUACGUUUACCCCAACGUAUCGCUCAAAAGAACGCAAAUACCGUCCUUUCUGUUGGAUUCGGACUUUGUGGUCGAGGUGAGCGGAACUACCGGUUCGGCAAGAAACCAGUUUGUCAACGUGAAAGCGUACGGGUCGCUGAAGCGCUUUUAAGCAAACCAGCAAACGAACAAUAAAUGA